UUGACUUUCUGGCUGCAGUUUAUUGGUUUGAAGCUUUUUAACAACGCGUGUCCACGUUAAAGGCGAGUGUCACGAUGCCCAACGCUUCAUCCAGCAGACGAACAAAGAGAAAGAUGGCGGACGGUGUUGCAGCGGUUUUGCAGCCCCCGUCCAAAUCUUCCAAAGUCACCUUCCUGAGCCCGUCUCUCUUCCUGCUGGAAAUCCCUGCCGACACCAACACCAGCCUCCCAGUGUGGGAGGCCAUGAGAUCCCAGCAGGUGGACAUCGCCUGGACCGUCAACCCCUACAGCGUCAGUGUGCAUUUGACCCCCGUGACCCUGAAGCAAGGGGAGAAUACAACCUCCACCCAAACUGAAAGCUCCUCCAGCGUGGCGCGGAGCUCAGCGUCGUCUUCGGGGAUCCCGCAGCCUCAGAUGGUCAUCCAGUCCAUCACCCAGCAGCAGAACUCCUGCGUCCUGCUCACCCUGCUCACCCAACCGCAGAAAAUACCCGCGAACCCCACGCCAGCCACCUCCCUCAUCGUCUCCCUGCCUCUCAUCAUCACCCAACCGCAGCCGGCGCAUCAGCCCAGCACGCCGACCAAGGAACGGGUCCUACCCGCCAUCCAGACCCCCACAGCCACCCCCACCAAGCCCCAGGCGCCGUCUAAAGGCCCCGUCCGCUCCCCGUUCCACACAAAGAUUCCCCCCAACAUCCAGGUCUGCGACAACUUCCUCCUGAGUGUGUGUCACGCAGGGAAGAAGUGUAAGAUGCACCACACUCCCUACCCGUUCCACUGGCAGCUGCGGAGUGUGCUCACCCACCAGUGGAUCAACGUCCCCUCUUGCUCUCAGGUCUUACUGGAGAGGAGCUACUGCAACAUCGAACAAGAGUCCAUUUACAUCAAGGAUGGCAUUCUCCUCUGCAGUCUAGUCUUUGACUCCAUGGAGAUUAACGACUCAUCUCAGUACAACGAAGCCAGACGACUCACUAACUCGGACAGUGUGGUCAAGAACCCGUACUUUCCCAGCAAAUGGAAAAUCUACUGGUGGUCUAACCAGGUCUGGGUAGAGUACAACAAGGACGUGUCCACCCUGCUGCUGAAGAAGAUGAGCAAGAAGGAGACCGAGUGUUCCUUCUAUAUCUGCUCCCAGGAGUACGAGGUGGACUUCACCACCAUGAUCCAGACCAACGUCACCACAGGGUUCCUCAGAAAUGUCCGCUGCAGACCGUUAUACCGCUCCCCUGAUUCCAUGCGGCCUUACCUGCAGACAGGAAUCCUGCCUGAGCCCGACGGCGAUCCUCCUGGUGCAAACUUCAGCGUGGACCCUCUGGAGGAGUUCAGCUCCUGGUAUCCUCCCGUGUGGUGUCUGGACUCGGAGCAGGACUACAGCUUGGUGGACCUUCCGGCCGGCACGCAGGCCUACCGGAGUGUCCAGAACUUCUUCUACGAGACCCUGCCCGAGACCAAGGUGGACAUCAUCGGCAUCCAGCAGGUCCAGAACCUCCUCCACUGGGACAAGUACCAAAGGUACAAGGCGUACAUGCAGAAGCAGCACGCCAAGUCCCAGGAGCCUCUGGAGAGACAUCUCUUCCACGGGACAAUGAAAGGCCCCUCCGAGGACAUCUGCCACAACAACUUCGACCCUCGCAUGGCCGGGGUCAACGGGACGUCCAACGGUUUCGGCUCCUACUUCGCCACCGCCGCCUCCUUCUCCAACACCUUCUCGGCCAAGUUGGGGCCAGAUGAGGUCUGCUACAUGUUCCUAGCCAAAGUCCUGGUGGGGAAGGUGAGUCUCGGAAGGUACGACUACCGCCGGCCGCCGCCACUCGACUCCAAGACGAGUAAGUUCCUUCUCUACGACACCUGCGUGGACGACAUUGACAAGCCCACCAUGUUUGUAGUUUUUGAUAGCUGUCAGUGCUACCCGUACUACCUCAUCAAGUACAAAGACCUGCCCAAAGCGAUCGAAAUGUGAUGAAGAAGAGGACAGGCCUUGAUAGCAGUUGGCUCUUGGUGAUUGUUCGGACAUAAAGUGUCCAGUUGUAAGACGACCUAAAAUGUUUAUCAAAAGUUAUCACUUUAUAAAAUGCACAAUGUGUAGAUUAUACACAAUCACAUUCUAUUUGACAACAAUGAAGACAUGUAAGCAGACUGUUAAAAAUGUAGUUCAAAGCGCUUUAUUUUUCCAAAAUGUUUUUUAUUUUGGUUAUUCAAACAUUUUAACACAGAUGGAAAUAAGUACUUUUGUUUUUCUCUUAAAGGUGUUCGGAAUCAAAUUGACAUCUGUGUUGGUUAUGAAAAUAAAUCACCCGUUGUUAUACUUUCAUCUGUUAAAAUAAAACAGUUUAAUAAACAUAUUGUCAGA